GAAGGGGAAUACAGUACGCCGCCACCAAACCAUUUCCACACCGGUCUUGCCUCCCGCGUUUAAGCCCAGCUCGGUCCGUCAACCAGCAGCGCGCAGAGCUACCAACAGGGCUGUUGGGCCAAACUCGCGACAAUGGGCGACGGCGGUACCGGCGCAGAGGAUGCCGGCAGCACGGCGCCGACACAGACGCAGGCGUUGCAGGUCAUUGUGCUUGGCUCAGGUGGUGGACCAGAUGAGUCCAACACGACAGCCUUCCUCGUGCGGUCCCUCGCCUCGGGCUGGGGCAAGGGGUGCCUGGUGGCGGUGGACGCGGGGGUGCACCUGAGCGCGAUAAACCGCAUCCUGGAGGCGACGCAGCCCCCGGGCCUGCUGGACGGCAGCGUGUCGGUGCCGCACAAGCUCGAGUCCGGGCCGUUCAAGGGCCUGGAGCUGCCGCACGCGAGCCCGGGGGCCAACGCGGCGCACGUGCUGCGGACGCUGGUGGACGCCUACCUCAUCACGCACCCGCACCUUGACCACAUCGCCGGCUUCGUCAUCAACACGGCGGGCCUGCCGGGGACUCGGCCCAAGCGGCUCGCGGGCCUGCCGUCCACCAUCGCCGCCUUCAAGGCGCACAUCUUCAACAACGUCAUCUGGCCCAACCUGUCGGACGAGAACAACGGCGCCGGGCUCGUGACGUACAGCCGGCUCGUCGAGGGCGGCUCCCCGGCCCUCGGCGACGGCGACGGCCGCGGCUACCUCGAGAUCAGCGACGGCCUCUCGGUCAAGGCCUGGGGCGUCUCGCACGGCCACUGCAUCGAGCGCCACAGCCACCGCGGCUCCGCCAGCAGCAGCGCCACCCGCUACCCCAGCUUCGACGCCUCGCCCUUCUCGGGCUCGUCCAUGGGCGCCGUCGGCAUGGGGGGCCUCAUGAGCGGCCUGAUGAGCCCGCGCUCGCUGGCCCGCCACAACUCGACGGCGCCCAACCUGGCCGUGUUCCUCCAGCAGCAGGCCGCCGCGCGGGCCAGC